UACGUUAAAUCUGAUUCCGUAUGGAUUGAUUCAAAGUACUCCGAUGGAUUUAUGCGAGAGGGAUUAUACUCCAAGUUGCUUAUGAUUUCUAACCUGAUAAAAAUGUUUGUUCACUUCUUUGUUAAUCAAUUUAAGAAGGAAAAAGGGAAGUCUAAUUAAACAGGUGGAGCGAUAAUGCUAUUUCUGAUGGUUGUUUUUAAAAAACGCGAUGGAUACUCUAUGGAACCGUAUGUUUACCCGAUUUUUCUGUUCGACAAAAGAAAUAUUCUUGCGUCGGCAUUUUUUUAAUUCGAGAACAUGACCGAGGUUAGCGAGUUGCACCCCUUAACAUCAGUGGACGGUGUAUAUAUUCAGUGAUGUGGAUCUUGGUCGUGACUUUUGCUUUCCUUCUAUCACAUUUGUCUUUGUGCAUGGAAAAUCCCCACAGAGUCGCUGUCCUAGAGCAUCGAGGGAUAUCAAGUCAAGAAAUUCGCUCCUUUUUAGUAAAACUCGACCCCUACCACGAAUUUGACCUGGUGCGUAUUCCAAUAACCUAUCCAGAGAUGACGUUUGACAACGUUAGAAAUGCUUCUAACUUCAUCAGCAAACAGAAUAUCUCAGCUAUCAUUGGAACAUACAGUGAAAUAUAUAAUCAUGCAACCUGCUAUCAAAGAGUACCCUAUAUCGUCACAUCCGGUCUCCCUCAUGACGUCAUGGAGAGUCCUUUCUUGUUAAACAUUUUACCUGGGAUCUAUAGUUAUGCUUUGGCAAUCAAUGACAUUGUGACGUAUUUUGGCUGGAAGAGAGUUGCUGUCAUCUACGACUGGGAAGAAGGUCCUCCAAUAAUGUCUUUGCUGGUUGAUAGGCAUCCAACAGACCUUAAAGCAUAUAACAUACGUCAUAAUACGUCAGGAGCCUACGUCAGGGGAGUCCUGCGGGAUCUCCGCAACAGAUUCAUCGACCGAAUAAUAGUUAUUUGCUCAUCAGUCGAUACAAACAUUGUUUUAACCCAGGCUUUGUAUCUGAGCCUCCUCUCCCGUCCAUAUGAAUGGCUGAUUGCAAAUGUGGGGACAGACGUGGCAGUCUUAGAUGAUUACCUAGAUUCCCGUGUUAACCUGACGUCACUUCUACUGAUGAUCAACAGUAACCCGGAUGAUUGUGCCUUGGAGAAGGGGAACGUAUCUCUGUCUAAUGCCGUCCUUCAUGACGCUUUCAAGAUUUACAUGAACAUUCUAGAAGAACAUGUCAACAAAAACAGACUACAGAUGAGGAAGGCUUUACGAAAUAUACGUGUUGAUGGCUGCACUGGUAAACUCUCCUUUUCAAAACUGGGUGUUAGAAAUGAGACUUAUCUCCAGCUAAAAUCUCUGGCAACCGAUCGAGAUGGAAUGACAUAUUUAUUUCAGUAUGGGACUUGGAGGAGCGGCAAAGAGCGGUUAUUGGAACGAAUUCAGCCGUCGCACACAUACAGGUCAAUGAUGAACAAGGACAACGAGAAUGUAUUUACAGAUAAUAGAAUUAGAGUCACAACUAAACUGGAGGAACCCUUUGUUCAGUGGAAAAAUGAUUCCGGGGGUGGUAAUAAGACUACAGAUAUCGGGGACCAGCUCGAAGGAUUUCUUAUAAGUAUAUUCGAGAAGUUGGCAGAGGAUUUAGGAUUUUCUUUCAACAUAAGCUUAGUACCAGACGGAAAGUAUGGGAGCUACAAAGGCAAAGUACGAGGCUGGACGGGAAUGGUCCGGCAACUCUUAGAUAAUAAGGCUGAUAUUGCUUUGGCACCUUUCCAAAUAACUCCCUCCCGUUCUAGAGUUGUCGACUUCCCAAAACCAUUUAUGACAAAAGGAACCAGUUUAGUAGUUAGAAAACCUGAGAGGAGUGUAUCCCCUUUCCAAUUUCUUAUGCCUUUAUCCCAUGUUGUGUGGAUUAAUAUUUUUGUGGCAUAUAUAUUCACUGCUUUAAUGCUUUUUGGUGUGAGUCGUGUGAACUGUGAUAAGCAUGAAAGCUGUUUGAACAACUUUCGGGAGAGUUUCUGGUAUAUAUGGGGAACUCUGUUACGAGGAAAUUUGACACAAUCCCCUACUGGUAUAUCAAGCCGGAUAGUCAGCAGUGCAUGGUGGUUUUUUUCUUUAAUUGUGAUUUCAGUUUAUACAGCUAAUUUAGCGGCUUUUCUGACCAUUUCUAAUGCUCACAUACCUAUCACCUCUGCUGCUGAUCUUCCAAAACAGAAUGAUUACAAUUAUGGUACUGUAGAAGGAAGCCAAAUAGAAAACUUCUUCAGCCAAACAAACAUUAGUCACUAUCAAGCUAUGUAUGCUCAUAUGAAAAUAACAGAGGGAGCUAUUGUAAGGAGAGUGGAAGAUGGUUUCCAGAAAGUCCGCACAGAAAAAUAUGCCUUUCUUUGGGACUCCCCUAUAAUCCGUCAUGCAAUUUCUACUGAUUGUAACUUGAUGGAGAUAGGGAGUCCAUUUGACCUGAAGGGCUAUGGCAUGGCAGCACGAAAACAUUCACCGCUAACUGAAAAGCUCUCUCUUGGAAUUUUGAAAUUAAACGAUAAUGGAGAGUUGUACAAACUGGAAGGAAAAUGGUUUGGAAUUCCUACCUGUCCAGACCCCCGUUCCAGCGCAAAGAGCCAAGAGAUUAAAAUGGGCGUGGCCUCUGGAAUGUUUUAUGUUUUGACUGGAGGCCUUGUCCUUGCUUGUUUUGUAUUCAUCAUACAAUUGUUGUAUCAUAAACGUUCCAAAAACCUAGCGCGAGAAAACAAACAAGAGCAAAAUAAGGCAGAAGAAAACAAUGUUCAUAAUCACACGGACAGAAAUACCUCUUCAGAACUCGGCAAGGACAGAGAUGAUGAACUUAUAACUGUAUUAACAAGAACACUGAGUAUCGGUGAGAAUUCGGUCCAUAGUAGGUGGCAAGGAGAACAUUUAUAACAACAUAACACAAAUGUCACAACGUCUUCCACACACACGUGUUUUCUUCAUAAUCAUAAUUUCAACAUUUUCUUCAUUAUUUUUAUCAGGAUGUUUCCCAUAUGUCAAACACUGUAUUCAAAUGACUUCUUGUGAUAUUGUAUAAAGUUGUGUUGAAAACGAUAAAAAGGGAAAUAUGUGACGUUUAUGCAAACUGGCUGAUCUAGAUGCCAGUGAUGUAAGAUUUUUUGUUUAACAUCUCAGGAAUUAAUCAUUUGUUUUAUUGUCUUUGUUUCAUUUGAAUUAUUUUUAUUAUCUUUGACGAACAAUCUGACAUCAUUUUUGUAUUAUUAUUUUUGCGUCACUGGUGUGGUGAUAUGAUAUUUUUGAUUUGCAUCAAAUCAUAUACAUGUAUGAUCAUUUUGUUGAAGCGAUUCAAUUAUUAAAGAAAUAGUGAAUUAUACAUUUAAUCGAUAGCACAUCUAAUGCAGUAAUUAAUACUUAUAGAGUCAGGAUUAACAAGAUAAUGAAAGUAUUUCAAUGUUUACAUUUUGUAUCAUGAAGAAUCUACAAUAAUAAUUAAUCUUUGUCAAGUGCAAUCUCAGAAGGAGAAGAGGCCAUUUUAUAUUGUAAGCCGUAGAUUUCAAAUUUGUUCUUAUUAACUCGAUCUUAAAUUUCGAAUGAUUGAUAAUACAUGUUUUUUAAUUAAAAUUAAUCAUAGUUAUCUGACAUUUAUAGGGAGAAUAAGAAAAAAUGUGCUCACUAAGAUUUAUAAUUGUUGUCCAGUAAUUAUUUUAUUUUAAUUAAAAUUAUGAGGAGUCCAAUUAUUGAGCAAUUGAUGGUAAUGUGUUCAUCUAUCACAUACGUCAUUGUACCAAAUGUAAAUAACUCAGAAAAAAACAUAUAAAACUGUGAGCUAAAUUAAAUACUGAAAUAUUGAAAACGCACGAACUUUAACCAUUAUUCUUUUCGAUGGUUGUUUGAACAGCUCUAGAUAUGAGAGGAGUUCAAUUUGCUGUCAAUUGUUCACAAGCUAAAUUUGUUUCUGCAAUUAUUUUGUCAAUGUUACAAAAUUAAAUUUGCUUUCUCAUGUGAUUUCUGUAAUUUGACUCUCUAACUAACAAUUUAUUAAGUUCGGUUAGCUUUUGCUUUUUCUUUUACAUUCAAGCAUUUGAAAAAACGAUGGAAUAAAUUGGUUGGUCUCAGUAUCGUAGAAAUUAGAUUCGAUUCUUUCUUUUAUUAACUUGAUUAAAUGAACACUAUUCUCAAAAUUGUAAAUAUUAUCUUUAAAGCCUCUUAGAACUUAGUUGAAAUUGGAUUCCUUUUGAAAAUUCCUAUCCUAUCAAUUAGUGCUACAUUAAGCCUCACUAAUAAUCAUUUUUGCUGCAUUUUGUCACAACACAAAUCAUUUAUGAGCGUAUUAGCUAAGUUUAUAUUCAGCUGAGUACUGUACUUUGUAAAGAAGUGAAUGAUAUCUGAACUUUUGAUGAAAUUAUGUGCCUUAAUAAAAUGUUUUUCUUGCA